UCAGGAAAUUGGCUGCAGCGAUUAGACAACGUCGAGCAAUUGACGACGGCCUAGCGAAAUCGAGUUCAAUGGUGGCGGAUUGGUGAAUGUUUUGAAGCUUUUGAUUCGCAAAUAUACGACAAAGUAGUGAUUUAUCCAGUACGAAAGUAUCCCCAGGAGCAAAAGAAAGUGUUUGGGAUUAAAUAGUGAUGUUGAAGAGCGGCGCGACGUGAUUUAAAACACUUUCUAGGGUGUGUAACAGGAGGCAAGCGUAAGAGUUUCGGUUUAAUGGCCGAGUUUGUAUCAAGCUGCUUUGUCCCGCUUUAGGCUGGCUCCGCUGGCUAAAAACUCAUUCCAAACGGGCCCGCUGGAACAGUUUUAUCGACGUGUCGGACCGUCGGCUGUACGGAGUGUUUUCAUGUGGCCAAUUUAAGGCUGUUUGUUGUUGGGCUCUGUUGCAAAAUUACACCAAUUUAUUGAGAAAUUACCGCUUGUUUCUGACAAAAGCAACUCGAUAUAUUCCCAGCGAUAUGCCGCAUACUGAUUACCCUCCACAGUUAUAAAUGGACAAACCAUGCCAUGUUGGAAGGCAGCAAGCAGAAACUAGAAGGCGCUGUUAAGCAUACAAGAUCGUCGUCGCCGUUAGUAAAAGCCCCAGAAAACGGUAGUUUUCUCAGUCCUGAUGAGGACAGUAUAAUGACUCGGAAACCCAUCAGGAUCAGAAGACCUCGAAUCCCGAUACUACAGUCCGGGUAUUGUGCCAUUUGCAACCUCCCUUACAACAGUCUCGAAGAUCAUGUACAGUCGAAAAAGCAUCAGAAACUCAUUGGCGAAGACACCAAUUACAUAGCUUUGAACGGUUAUAUUCAUGCUGAUGUUGGCAUUGAGUCCCUGUUGAGUCUGACUGGCAUAGAUGCAAUAGAUUUUGAGGAUUUCGCUCCGAAGAAGAAGCGCCGCAACAUGCCAAGAACGCGCGCUUCCUCUGUGGUUUCCGAUAUUGUCAAGCCGCCUCCGGGCCUGGAAAGCGACGUGGGACACCGACUGCGCUCCAGAAAAACCAUCAACUACACGUCGUCGUCCCUGGACGAGGACAGUUUCCAGGAAAAACCCGAGAUUGAGCCUGUACGUCUUGAGUAUAAGGAAUAUAGAGAGUUGAGAUCUAGUACAAGAGCGUUAGCAAAGCUGACGGCGUGUGCGGCUGUGAAAGAUGUUAAUGAGCCGGAAUUAUGGGAAUCGGGACGGCCGAAAAGAGCGUGCAUUAACAGGCAGAAGCGGAUUUCCGCAGACGAAAGGCUCGUGUCGGACAACAAGACUUAUUACAAAGUGGAAGUGCUCUCGACUAAGCUCAGAUCGAACGACAAGGAGAAGGAAUGCGCCAAGCGAAAGGAAGCCAAGCCCAAUGAAUCGGACAAGGGGCUGAUAGUCAAAUUCAGAAAGCUGCGAAACUCUGAACUCGUUCAGCUGAACAAUGAGGCCACCAACUUUUUAUUCCCCAAAAAAGACGACACUUCGGAUGAGGAGGAUGAAGACGAAAAUUCCACAGCGGAGGAAAAGGAAUCGACAUCGGGUGACAAUAGUGAAGAUAUUCCAUCAAGUGAAAUUGACGACGUGAAACCGCCGGAUAAGUUCAAAGUGGAAGAUGAGGCUUCAAUGGACAGCACUUCUUCGGAUGGUAAGAGACGCACGAAGCGGAGAAGCCACGCCGAAGCGUUCAUCAUGGACAAUCAGAAAUACUACAAAUUUGAAACCCCCGGCUCAAGAUUACGGUAUCACGGUUCCUAUUUGUCUCCGGUCCGCACAAAGACCAACGGGGAUUUUGCGAAAAUUGAAGCCAAACCCGAGCCGAUCGCGGACAAGGAGGAGAAAAAGCCGAAACGCGAAAGAAUGCUGUUGAACAUGAACGAGUUCACGUUCGCAUUCGAAAAAGUGCCGCUGACUGAAAAGUGGUACCAUACAUUCCGGCGACAAGAUCGGGUGGAGCAGCGAUAUCACUUUAGCCAUAACUAUUAUUGGGACGAUUUCGUUCUUCCCCGUCAAAUUCCCCACCUAAAAGCAAUAGACCCUCGAACGUGUUACAGCGCCUACAAGAAGUUGAAAGAGUGCAAAGCGUUUGCUGAGCCAAAUUCGGUGGCAGCGAGUUCGGGCAGCGAUGCCGAGGUGUGUGAUAUUACAGGUGAAAACUCUGCAAGCGGCGAAGCCAGCAAGCAGCCAAUAGCGGAGGAAAAUGACGAAGAUAGCAAGCUGAGCGAGGCAUCUUCAACAUCGGCGGCUACGACGGAGGAAAUCAAAGAAAUCACGUCGAACGUUAGGAGAUCCAGAGUGAAAAAAAAGUCUGAAAAAACCCCCCUAUCGCCAAACUCUGUAAGGGGCCGAAAUGCCAGAAAAUCGCCGCGGCAGCAUGCUUCGACUUUGGCCAUUCUAAGCAGCUUGAUGCACCAGAGGAAUCGGCGCAUGAAAACUGCCAACGACGAAUCCCUGCAGACAAUCCCUGAAGAAUCUUCACCGCAAGUGACUGUCGAGCCACCAAAGCCACUAGAAACCAAACCAACCACUCCGCAAAAGCAGAGGAAAAAGAAGCUGGAUUAUGUAGCAUUGGCGGCCAAACUCGAUGAAGAAUUAACCGUUGGAUCAGAUUUUGACCAGGAAUUUGAGCCUACUACCGAUCCAGAUGUUAGUUUUUUGGACUCUCCACCUGGACUGACUGACAUACUGAACAUGUGUGAAGAGUCGAAGAAGGAAACGGACGUGAAUUGCAAAACGUUCCUGAAUGGAGCCCCUGGACGGAAGCCCGGCAAACGAAAGAAAAACCUCACUGGGUGGCCCAACAAAGUAAAAAAGCGAAAAGUAAUAAAGGAGGGCAACAGUCCCACGGUAAACGGUGUGAAUGUCGAAUCGGAAGAAGACGAGAACAGUGACAGUAUUAUUGAGCCAACCGGUGAUACAGACCUCGACAAUCGAGAAAACAAAUGUGAUCAGGACGUUGAAAAUCGAGUAGGAAAUAGUGGUGAAGUUAGGGAUACUAUCCUUCAACCGUAUGUAUACGUGAAAAAAUUGGACAGUUGUGAGAACUACAGUGUGAAAAAAAUCAUUAUUAAGCCGCCAAAUCGAAGGACUUUUAGGAGGCCCAAGAGGCGAAUAGUACCGCAAAACUCGCCAAAACCGCCUCGGAUGUUGAGGCGAUCUAAAGGCCGUUGGAUUCGCGAAAGAUAAUUGUUUUCCUAGAAUUUAUAUUAAUUUAUUUUACAUGAGCCCAAUAACUCUUAUUUUCUAAGAAAAUACCACAUAUUUUGUACCAAAAUAUGAUUGUUGCAUUGAAUUUCAAUUGGGUUAGAGAAAAACUACCUUAACUGGCCGUGCGUGCUAAUCCCCCAUUGUAUACAAAAGCGAAAUCACCGAGUAUUAUUUUCUUAAUUCUAGAACAUUGAUUGACCCAUUUUUACAAGUGAAAUUCGAUUUUUUGUUAAUAAAAUCUUUGCACAGUU